AAGUAACGUACGCCGGCAACCACCUACCAGGGCAUGAAAAGAAUGUUUUGAAAUCCACAUAUGCUUACAGCGUCAGGCAAGCUGCUUUCCGAACAAACGACCUGCGACCCUGCACUUCAGCGUCAUGCAGUAUUGGAAUGCUGCAAGGCUGGGAGAAGGUCGGGGAAGAUCGCUGAUCAUUUCGUCUGGCAAGUUGCGUAAAGGACGCCGGAGAGAUAUUGGAGGUUAACGAGAGCCGAGAACGCUUGUACCGCCCCGCUGUGUACGAAUGAAGCAGGGUACGUUGCUUGCGAGUAAACCCCCUGCUCUUGCUGAGUUGGCUGCUCCGCUAUGUACUCCGUCCGCCCCUUCUCCGCGUUAGCAAAUCAGACGCCCCUUCUACCGACAGAACACUCUCAAUGCGUGAUAAGUACCCGCAAGUCCUCCUACUCCCUUUCUCCCCCUCUCCACCCUCUGUGCAUAUAUAACCCCUCCCUGCUUCCCACAUCCUUCCCUUACUCACACACUCUCUACACCUUUUCUUCCCACCAUGUCCCUCCCUCCCGUCAUUCAAACUUCGAUGCUCUGUUCUGCUCCCCAGGAUAUCCUCACUGCCAUUGCUCUCGAGCUCGUCGAGCUCGAUCCCCUCGGUCCCCCGUUCCAGCUACUACCGUUCCUCUUGACAUGCCGCUCCAUCUACCAGAACCUGUGCUUCGACAAUGCCAGGCAUCUCUACGCCAACGUCUUUCGCUUCAAGUUCGAUCACCGUGCACCUCUUCGCCGCUUUGGUCCUCGUGCUAUUCAAUCGUCCAAUGUCGCACAACAAUUGAAGCAAUAUUGUUAUGCGCUCCAAGUCAUUCGUCGUGGAGAUAUCCAUGUGGAAGGCAUUGUGCAUGUCUUUUGGCAGGCGUUCUUCAUGAUGAGUGAGAACGAUGGACGUAAUGCCUGUCAACUCAAGUGGGCUGGGCUGUCAAAUUUUGUGUAUAGGUUCGUGAGGGAAAGGUUGUGGGAGGACAGGCAUCUCACCAAUGGCUGGCCGGGCGAGACGACGGUCAACGCGCUCGCGCUUUGGUUGAUGUGGUUUGUGUUCAACGAAGAGACGCUGGCCGGCCUAUCUCCCGAUGAGCGUGAAGAGGUGAAGCGUCUCAUCCGUCCGUACGUCAUCACUGCCCUGCGCUAUCCCUCCAGCCAUGCGCCCGACAACCACUACGUCCUCCCUCUCUCGGAAAAGUUCAAUGGCGAGUUCCCUUAUCAGCUCAUGACUCCCCAUGGCUACUACCCUCUCUACCGCCAACCCGAAAUGCUCGUCGAGCGUUUUAGGCACUAUGGCAUCAAGCUCAAAAUCCAGGCGCCGCUCAUCACUCAAGCUGCGAAGCUUCUCUACUUCACGUGUAUGGAGACCGUUGAGAUCACGGCCCCUGCCGGAAUUCCUGAGAACCGUGAUGAAGCCAACGCUAUGGGUCUCCCCGAGGGCACUCCCACCGUCGUGGAUUAUCAGGAGCUGAACACGCACAAGAGUGCCAAGUUCGUUGAUACAGGCUCUUGGGACUGGCGCGCAGAAUUGAACGAGGAGCAAGGCGAACUUGAGGACGACGGCACCUGGCGCAAGGGUCUCAAGGCUACCAGUGCCAGGUGGGACAACGAUUGGCAACGCUGGAGCUACUGCUGGGAUCCUUGGAACUACAAUGAGCUGAAGGGAGUCGUCUAUACGUAUGGAUCCCUCAGCGGUCUUUGGCAAGGUCGUGCAAUUAUUCCUGAUAUCGAUGGUUAUUUCCGCCUUGUCCAGUCCCAAACCUUUCCCGAGUCCUUCUCCGCCAUGAACCCCAACCUCAGCUUUAUCCCCAUCUUCAUGAACCUUCGUGAGCACCACUGCAUCAACCCAGAGUAUCCUGCAAACUCGGGUGGCGCUGGCAAUGGGGUCGACGAAGGUCUGUGCAAUGCCUGGUUCCCUCGUCAGACCCUCUACGAGAGCCGGGAAAGUGGUAUGGUGACCUGCCAGGACUUGGAAGGUCACAUCUCUCGCUAUGAAAGUUACGUCGAGGGCAGGCGGAAUUCUCAUAACCCGGAUACUUGUACCCAGUGCAAGGCUCACGCUGAAUUCCAGGAGCAGGAAACCAGGAGACGUAUUGCUGAUCGUCUUCGUCACGAGGAACAACACCGGCGGUUUGAAGAGAUUCGCAGGCAGCACCUCGAGCAACGAACACAGGUAGAUACGCAGACGGUCAUCGAGCGUCCUCAGAGGCUGCACUUACACCAGGGCGAGGCUUUACGCUGGACGAGGACUUUCCGAUCUACGGUCCCUGAGAUCGACGAGUUCGCUAACCCCACUGGCGGUCUAAUGCAACCUGGCGUCGAGCACGAUGGGCACAGCUCCGACUCCACUGAGGAAGUCAAUGAGCAUCGCGAGCAGGCAACAACGGCGUUGGGCGAAGACGUUGAGGAUGUCUUCGAUGCAGAGUUCGACUCGGAGUCGGGAUCUGAGGAUGAAUCAGUCGACUCUGACGCUGACACUGACUCAACGGACUACGUCGAGAAUACCUGUAAUGGGAUUCAAGACAUCAUCGUCACUGGCGAGACUCUUCCUCAUCAUGGUAUGGCGUGGUUCCACCACCGCUUCUAUGGUCGUAUUCGCCGUUGGGACGGACUUGUCGCUAUCGUCCGUUAUGAAAUGAAUACCCCAGGUCGCAACGUCUGGAUCUUCCGCGGGUAUGUUACUGGUGAUAAGAACCUUGUCGGUUCUUGGAGAGCUUGGAGCGAUGAUGUCACUGUCAUUCCACUGGAGGGACCGUUCGUCCUCAGCAAGGUCGUCACCCCUGUUCAACCCGAAAACGCCAACUGAAGAGGUACCGCCUUUGAUCAUCGUGCGAGUGUAAACCUGUGUGCGUUUCCUUUGGGCGACAUGAAAAGUAUUCAGAGUAUGUGUUAUCCUGUUUAUCUAUCCUUUUUUUGCCCUACAUCGGUGUAUACAUAUGUGAUUUACGAUUGAUAUCCAUAUAGCUUAUACGUUGGGACCUUGUCAUUGGAUGUCCACGGAACGAUCUUCGCUAGAAUGCUGUAUUCAUCCUCAUCCUCAUGUAGCUCUGCUCGAUAUAUACCUGGUCUGCCUUUGCCUUUGUAUUAUAUAAUCUACGUCUCAUACUUUCCACUCUUGCAUGAACGAAUUACAUUGUGCUUCUCUCUACUCCACUCUACUCCACUUCAUUGUUAAAACUUACUUCAAUCUUAUCUAAUGAAUGUGAUCAAUAUG